CCGAAACCCAGCCAAAAUCUCCAGAGAAAAUAUCUCAAAACGCACCGUGUUGCAUUAUUGUGUUAAAACACACCGAGAGAGAAGCUGCAAUGGAUGUUCCUCCAAACCCGGCGCCGAAUCCGGGAUCCGAGUACAGAAGCGAGUUGGCUCGCACCGUCAUCUCCAACUCGGCGCCGUCUGUUGCUCUAGAGAAUCGCGCGCAUGCAACGCCGGACACAUCCAUAGACUGGACAAAUGAGAAACAUAGAUCGUAUAUAAAUUCCUUAGAAGCAUCGUUUGUAAAUAAAUUGUACCAGUCCAGGAGAUUGCAGGACAGCUAUCCACAAAUAUAUGUUAAGGGGACAAAUCCAUCACAUGAGUUUCCUUUCAAGACAUAUAACUCUUCUGACCAGUUCAAUGUUGUUCAGGAUAGCCAUUCUCAGAAGUUGAUCUCUCCGAAUAAUGGAACUCUGAUAGAAAGCACUGCUGAUUCUAAUAGUACUCUGGUAAGGCUGCGAAUGGAGCAUAUUCUGUCUCGUCAUAAGGACACCCAGUUAAGAAGGAAUGCAACCUCAGAACAUUUGGGUGUAAUCGCAAAAACUUCAGAGCAGAACCCUGCAUGUCAUCAGGAUUCAGUUGACAGUACUGAAGAAGUUUCGGGUCAGAAUUUUGUGGAUGAGGACCAUAUAAGGAAGCCAAGUUGUGAAUUUAUGCCAAAGAGGCUUAAAAGGGCUUCAACCGAUGCUUCCAGCAAUGAUCAACUUGUACCUUUGGGAAAUCUUGAUACAGAAGUAGUUUCAGUGGCCUGUCAUGCUCCUUCUGGAAGAGAAGAACAAGGGCAGCAUCAAUUGCUACUGGAGCACCCUAAUAGCUGGGUUGCAACUCAGUACUGGAGUCUAACAGGUAGAUACUGAUAGAACGGAACAAAUUGGAGAUAGUCUUAUUCAGUUAUUCUUUCCAUUCUCUGCUAUUUGACAUAAUGCUAUCCAAACUCAAAAGACUAGGAAAGAAAUGAUGUAUCAGUCGUGCAAAUGAUCCAGAGUAUGAUGGUAUGUUAGAUAUAGGGAGUACAUAUAGUAGAUAAAUAGUAGCAGCUUUUGAGAUGGCUUUCUCUGUCAUUUGCCAUCACCUUUGCCAGUUUUGUUGUAGUUUAUGCAUUUCAAGUAGAAGUGCUGUUAAAAUAGAAGAAAAGACUUGGAAUGCAAAUGUUUUCUUUGGCGGUUUUGAAUUUUGUGGUUGUCAUGGGAUGCCAAUUAUGUUCUCUCCAUCCUCAAAUGCUUGCAUUAAGUAGUGAGUGAGAGAUCUGGAGGCGUAAAAAUAUAUUAUUAUUUAAUUAAUAGUGAGAAUUUGGUUUCUUAUUAUAUA